AUGCCUGUUUCUACUCGAUCCGCGGCUCAGCCCCCGUCUCGAGCUUUACGAGACUCAUGGCCGCUAACCCAACUGCGUUUACAGCCCAGCGUCGACGGGGAUGAUUCCGAGAUUGAGGAUUUAGAUUUGUCCAAGAUGGAUGAGGAUCCCCUUACUUUCUUCCUGACGCCAGCCCCAUCACCUUACGGGGAGGGAGACGAUGGAAUGGAUUUCGAGAUGGAUUUCGAUGCCGGGAUCGAGGACGCCAAACACCCGCCUCCUAUUGUGAGGAGUGUCAGCCCGUCGAGUCUCGACGGGCUUAGUCGCCCUCCACCGCGAUCACCUACACCACCUAGGCCUUCGUCCACUCCUGAUUUGGACCACGAUCUAUCCCCCACACCCGAGGAUUUUGACGACGAUGUGCAGGCGGCUGCCAAAGCACGGAUACAUUCAUUCCGCUUUCCUCUUCUAUUGAAGGGUCUUGCAGUCGGAAAGCCGAGGGUCCAAGCCAAGCGUGGCAACGGCUACACAGAUAGCUCAUCGUCACUGGCAUCGCCUUCCAGCCCACGUGGCUCGGGCCAGAGACAAUCUGCGGCACGGCCUAGCCCGCGAAUCGGGCACGGGACCGGCAGUCGAAGAGGGCGGUCUAGAGCGGUGUCGUCGUCUUACCUGUCGCCUCGUUCGUGGCGCGAGCCUAGCCCUGACGUGUGGUCGAUUGAGGAAGAGACGGAAGAGAAUAUUAACAGGAAUAUGGGAUCUACUACGAAAGCUGUGGCAUCCAGCGUACCGCCUGCGAAGGUGCAGAAGAGGGUUCGGUUUGUACUCCCAGUUGAAGAUGAGGAAUCAGACAUGCAUUAUUGA